CGGGGUGGUCAUCACCCUAGAUGUUCUGCAUAAGUCUACUUGAGCGUAAGAUUGCAGGGAUCAAAAGCGUCGUAUUGAAGUUAAAGAACAAAGCUGUCCUGCUUGGCCAGAGCCCGUCCCAGCUGUUGUUAUUGGGUCAGAAGAAGGUUGUUGUUGGUGCCGUUAGGGUUUUCUCCGCUGCUGGGUAACAUCGUUUGAUAGAAAUGCAUUUCCAGCUAGAAAUGUGUUUAUGAAAAAUAUACAGAAGAACACGCAUAUUCAGUUGGAAACUUGAAGGCAGAUGAAAGAAGGUCUGGGUUUAUUCAAGCACAUGCAUACUUUCACAACAUCUUGUGUAACUGGUGGAUUUAAAUGUUGCUGACGUCUAAGCACACUGAAAAUAUUUUUUAUAUUAUUCGUCACAGCUCCCGAUUUGGAAGGACCGUUUGGAAAGAAAAAAAACAUUUGGCAGAAGUUGACUUUAAUAUGUAGAUGGGCCUACCGAACGCUGUCUUAUAGCUCUGGAAUCAAAACGGAGUCCUUUGGCGCGCCAAGCAAGCUUUUUCCCCUCGUGACGUUCUUCCUUCCUAUCCCACCCAGAGCCAAAGAGUAACCCGAGUUUACAACGAGCUGAACAGUCAGACUUGGCUAUAUGAAUGUCACACGAUCUCACAACCUCACAGGAAUAUAUACACAUCGCCAAAAGGAUUUACUUUAAGAGGAAAUAACUGUGAUUUCGGAUUUAUGGAUACGCGUAAAAGCGCACGCUGUUUGGCACUGACAACCAGUCCUCGGAAUGUAGACACCUCCCGUUUUAACUGACGGAUCUACUACUGAUCUAUUUUUCCGGAUUGUUGCUAUGGAAGAAAUUGUUAUGAUCGCCGUCCUCAAUUUUCUGUGCCUCCUUUGCUUGUCAGGUGCAGUGACAGACAUGGCCAUGAUCUCCAACAUGGAGAUGUCCAGCUCGCUCUUCUACCUGUCCUGCGUCACUGGAGAGAGGCACGCGGCAGACCUCAAUCUGGACAUCACCAAAGACUACCGAAUUUUCAUCCUCCCUUCAAAGCCCAAUUUCAAAACCAAGAAACCGGUGCCAACACGGGUGGAGGCCAAGGGCUUUGAAGGGUUGGACUACAUCGGCAUCUUCUAUUGUGAGGCCUCGUCGUUGGACGCCACUCCGAUCGAUAAAAUCACGCUCAUUAACAAUUACCAAGGGCUUUUCGUUCCGACCCAUAUCACAGUGACGGCGAACAGAGGAGACACGGUCCAUCUGGACAUGCAGGUGGUCGGCUCCCAGAGGAGAGACGUGACGUGGAAACACAACGGGAACUACUACUACAUGAUCCACUCUAACGAAGUUACAAACAACACGGCCACGCUGACGCUGCAGAACGUCGGUCCCUCCAACGCGGGCAUCUACAGUGCCAGCUACGUAGGCGACAGUCCCAUUCAGGGCGCGUGGAUGCGGCUAAUUGUCCGAGACUGUCCCAGUCAGAAGUGGGGCAUGUACUGUGACAAGGACUGUGCCGAGUGCCUGAAUGGAGGGCUGUGUCACGACGGGGACGGGGACUGUAUCUGUCCUCCUGGCUUCAUGGGGACACGCUGUGAGACAGCCUGCAGAGAGGGCAUGUUUGGUCACAACUGCCAGGAGUCCUGCAGGUCAGAUCAGAGCUGCAAAGGCCUCCGCUUCUGCCUGCCAGACCCUUAUGGCUGCACCUGUGCCAGCGGCUGGUCGGGAAACCGCUGCGGCAGACCCUGCAUGAAGGACAUGUACGGGCCUGACUGCAGGCUCAGCUGCCAGUGUAGGAACGGGGGCGUUUGCAACCGCUUCAGCGGGUGCCUGUGUCCUACAGGCUGGAGAGGGAAGCACUGUGAGAAGUCAGACCGCGCUCCUCAGAUCCUGGACAUGACCAGUCGUCUGGAGUGGAACCUGCUCUCCAGCCCCCAAAUCCAGUGCUCCGCCACGGGCAACCCUCUGCCCAGCCACACCAGCAUCGAGCUACGCAAGCUGGACAGCACCGUGCUCAAGGCCUCUCGCACCACCAUGGACUCCAACAAGAGCACGGCUCAGUUUGAGAUCUCCCAGCUGACGGCGGAGCACGGGGGCUUGUGGGAGUGUCGGGUCUCUACUAACGGGGGGCAGGACUCUCGCAAGUUCAACCUCACCGUCAAAGAACCCCCCAUCCCCAGCACGGCCCCCCGGCUCCUGGAGAAGAGGAGUAAACAGCUGGUGGUGAGGCCUGUGGAGUCCUUCAGGGGAGAUGGACCCAUCAUCUCCACAAAGCUCCUCUACAAGCCCAUGGACAACGGGGUCUCCUGGUCCUCCAUCAUAGUGUACAGCACGGAGCCCAUCACUCUGAUGAACCUGAAGCCGUCCACCAGGUACCAAGUGCGCGUGCAGCUCAGCCGGCCAGGCGAGGGGGGGGAGGGGCCCCCAGGCCCCGAAGCCUUCAUGGAGACGGAGUGUCCAGAGCCCACGGUCCGACCGGAGAUUGACUUCAGCUCGCUGGAAGGCCGCAAUGCCACCGUGCGCUGGCUGUUGCCCAGCAACACCGGCGAUGCCGGCUCGGCCAGCGGCUUUUUAGUGCAGCUGUUUGGCCCGUCCCCCCCCAGGGACAAGCUGAGAGAGGUGGUCACACUCCUCAAUGUGCUCUCCACCAAGUUCCACAACCUGGAGUACAACCAAGACUACAUGGUCCAGGUCAGCCUGCUCAACUGUGGCAGCCAGGGUCCGGCCUCUAAGCCCUACCACUUCCACAUCAACAGCCAGGGGCCCUCCUCCCCUCUCAACGUCCAGGCUCUGCCCCUGUCCGUGUCGGCCGUGCAGGUGAGGUGGCGCCCCCCGGAGGACCCUAACGGUGGCAUCGUCAAGUACAUCAUCGAGUACCAGCCUGUUGGGCAGGGCAGCCCUCAUCCCUGGGUCGACACGGACGACGGCAACAAAACCUCCAAGGACGUGUUGGCCCUGAACGGCAGCACGCUGUACCAGUUCAGAGUGCGGGCCUUCUCUAAAGUACCAGGGGAGUGGAGCAAGUUGGUCCAGGCCAGGACCCAGGGCGACGCGCCCCAGAGCUUUACCCCCACGACGCAGGAGGUGGGGGUCAGGGCGGGGAAGGAGGGUUACCAGCUCCUGGUGGCGGUGGUUGGCUCGGUGACGGUGACGUGCGUGACCAUCCUCCUGGCUCUGCUGGCGCUCUUCUGCAUCCGCAAGAGCCUGCUCAACCGCCGGCGCACCUUCACCUACCAGUCUGGAUCGGGAGAGGAGACCAUCCUGCAGUUCAACUCUGGGACCCUGACCCUGACCCGGAGGCCCAAGCCCACCCCGGACCCCCUCACCUACCCCAUCCUGGAGUGGGAAGACAUCAAGUUCGAGGACGUGAUCGGGGAGGGAAACUUCGGACAGGUCAUCAAGGCCAUGAUCAAGAAGGACGGGACCAAGAUGAGUGCUGCUAUCAAGAUGCUGAAGGAGUUUGCCUCUGAAAACGACCACAAAGACUUUGCAGGAGAGCUGGAGGUGCUGUGCAAGCUGGGCCAGCACCCCAACAUCAUCAACCUCUUAGGAGCCUGUGAAAACAGAGGGUACCUGUACAUAGCUAUAGAGUAUGCUCCCUACGGCAACCUGUUAGAUUUCCUGAGGAAGAGUCGAGUCCUGGAGACCGACCCUGCCUUCGCCAAGGAGCAUGGGACUGCCUCCACCCUCACCUCCCAGCAGCUGCUGCAGUUUGCCGUCGACGUGGCGACGGGCAUGCACUACCUUAGCGACAAGCAGUUCAUACACAGAGAUCUGGCGGCUCGGAAUGUUCUGGUAGGAGACAACCUGGUGGCCAAGAUAGCAGACUUCGGUCUGUCCCGAGGGGAAGAGGUCUACGUGAAGAAGACCAUGGGACGGUUACCGGUGCGAUGGAUGGCCAUCGAGUCGUUAAACUACAGCGUGUACACCACCAAGAGUGACGUCUGGUCUUUUGGCGUUCUUCUGUGGGAGAUUGUGAGUUUAGGUGGGACUCCUUACUGUGGGAUGACCUGUGCAGAGUUGUAUGAGAAGCUUCCUCAGGGCUACAGGAUGGAACAGCCCAGAAACUGUGACGAUGAGGUGUAUGAGAUGAUGAGGCAGUGCUGGAGAGAUCGUCCCUACGAGAGGCCUCCUUUCUCCCAGAUCUCAGUUCAGCUCAACAGGAUGCAGGAGGCCAGGAAGGCGUACGUAAACAUGGCCCUGUUCGAGAACUUCACCUACGCCGGAAUAGACGCCACGGCCGAAGAGGCCUGACUACCAUCCCCCCCAGACCCUGGCAGGUCACGUAGCCCAAGGGAGAGGCCCCGAGGUGGGGCACCGCGAUACUGCCGGCCCCCUGCUGGUCCUCGGGCCUACCGGGCAAACAGGCACUCCACCAAGGCCUCGUGGCUGUAGAGGGAGGACUGUGGCAGAACGCUGGGGGGGAUGAGGGGGGGGGGGGGGGGGUCGCCUGGACCAACACAGGUCCCAGACCAACACCGAACUCUCCAGGAUGUGGAGUGGUGCUGGGACCUGUGAUUACACCACUGGGUCUGCAGGGCGCACGCUGUGACCCUGUGGGCUCUGAACUCUCACCUGGAGAGGACGUCAUCGUGGAAACGGACACACAGUUUGAAAAGAGACAGGUUGAAGACAGAUGUAGCACUUGAACCAGCAAUACGAGGGACGUGGUUUCCUAAAUACAAAGUAUAUCCUUUGCUGUCGUCCUGAGAAUGUUAUUGUAUAUAAUGUACUGUAUCUAUACCACUUUUACUUUGGACUUGUCCUCACAUAAUAUUUCACUCCUUUAUACAUUUUCCUACAUUUGUAACAUAUGCUACCUUUAACUCAGAAUGGUGUUCAAUGUACGUUUUAUUGGUAUGUUUCUUAAAUAAAUCUUUCUGUGGUGACUGGACUCAUCACUAUGAAGCA